UGAAAUUUGUAUUGGUCCUGCUGUUGGUGGUUUUGGGGUUUUGUGGUUGAGAAGAGGGAAUGAGGAUAAAGGAGAUGGAGAAUGCGGAUCCUGAAGAGUUAUUGGAGAGUAGAAAAGGGCAGGUUGAUAAGCAUUGAACUUUUAUCACGUUCAGGGAUUCUAGAUUGAAAAAGAAGGGGCUGUUAACACUUGUUAAUGAAUUUGAUCAGUUCUUACUCAAAAGAGGGAUGAGCACAGAAGCGUUCUACAAAAUUGAUGGUUCGAAAGUAGCAGUAUGUACUCCUCAGCUAUCUGAUAUGAUGGAACUUAAAGAAAUAGCAGCAAAGGAAUCUUCAGUAUAUAUAGUUGACUCUGGAGGAGAAACUAAGUUAGGAGCUUAUAUCGAUAAAAAAGAGAAGGAUGAAUUCUAUUCUCAAUUUAAACCAACAAAGGGCAAAGGCCGUAAGAAGAAAAGAAAGACGAGAAAGAAAGCCACGUCUUCAGGAAAGAGCAGUACUAAUUCUGUAGAGAAGAAAGAUGAUUUAUAG